UGCGCGCUCAGUGCGCUGCUACUCGGCUGUGGGAAGAUUGAUGUGUGUGUGAGGCGAAUCAAACGAUACAUAAUUUGCGAACUAUUUAAACAUUAUUGAAGAUAUGUUAAAUAAUAUUACAUUAUUGUGAUACUUUUUUGUAAAUUACUGAGCGUUCAACAAGGCAAGAAACAAAGAGAUUUACUUCACUUUUAAGCCGUUCAGACAUCAGUUGAUCUAUAAAUACUGUGAAGAGGACCAAUAAGCAGCUGCUGUCACAACACAUUCAGCUCCUUUACUGUUUUAAUGAUGGAGUGUGUUAAAGAAGAGACUGAUCCUGAAUCAUUCACAAUAACACCUCAACAUACUGAAGAACAAACAGGCAUGACGGUAGUGAAAGAGGAAGAUCAACAACAAAAUGAAAUGGAGGAUGAACAUCAUCAACACCAUUUUAUAAGUGAAGAAAAUUCAUUUGGUUGCUCACAAACUGUUGAGAAUUCACCACAAGAAAAAGCAGAAACCAAAAUCUCAAAGAGUUUUCCACAGAGAGGACAUUUAAAUGUUCACAUAAAGACUCACACAGAAGAAAUGUCAUACACCUGUUCUCAGUGUGGAAAAUGUUUUAAACGAAAACGAAAUCUUAAUGUUCACUUAAAGUGUCACACUACAGAAAUGCCAUACAGCUGCCCUCAGUGUGGUAAAUGUUUUAAACAAAAACGAAAUCUUAAGGCUCACCUAAAGUCUCACACUACAGAAAGGCCAUACAGCUGCCCUCAAUGUGGUAAAUAUUUUAAACACAAAGGAAAUUUUAAAGUUCACGUAAAGUCUCACAUUGAAGAAAGGCCAUACAGCUGCCAUCAGUGUGGAAAGGCUUACAAACAUAACAGAUGCCUUAAGGAACAUCUGAUCAGUCACGGAGAUGAGAGACCCUUUGUAUGUCCUCAGUGCGAUAAGACUUGCGUAAGUAAAAACAACCUUAAGGAACAUUUAAUAAGUCACAGUGUUGAGAGACCCUUUGAAUGCCCUCACUGUGGAAAAUGUUUUAAACAAAAAGGAGCUCUUAAAUCUCACUUAAAGAUCCACAGUGAAGAACGGCCAUACAGCUGCCCUCAGUGUAGAAAGACUUACAAACAUAAAUUCUACCUUAACAAACAUCUAGUCAGUCACAGAGAUGUGAUGCCCGUUAUGUUCCCUCAGUGCGAUAAGAGUUCUUUACGAAAGCAAUGUCUCACUGUCUACACUUGUCCUCACUGUGGAAAGAAUUUAGCAUCAAAAGCAGAUCUAGAGAAUCACAUACGAGUUCACUCUGGAGAAAAACCUUUCAUGUGCCCGCAGUGUGACAAGAGUUUUACACAACGAAGAACUCUUAGGCAACACAUACAAAUUCAUACAGGUGAGAAGCCUUGCCAUCGUGCCAUCUCAUGCCAUCUAUGUGGUAAGAGUUACGCACAUAAACGAAGUCUCAAAUAUCAUCUGCUGUUUCACUCCAAUGAAAGGCCGUUUACCUGCGAUCAGUGCUAUCGAAAGUUUGUUUCAGCUACACAUCUAAAGAGACACCAGAAGACACAUAAAACAUAAAAAGUUGUGACUUAUCAUUGUGUGGAAAUGACUUUCUGAGAGCAGGAGACCUGGAGCGGGACCAAAAGAUCUGGAGAAUAUCCCUAAAGUGCUCACAAUGACCAUGUUUACAUAAUUCAAUUAUAAUGGGAUUUUGACAAUAUACUUUACCUCAUGUAAACACAACACUUUGAUAAAAAUAAUGCUAUUAAGCUCAUAAUCGCAGUAAGUAUAAUCAUAUUCUACGUGGUGGCGUAGUUUGGCGCAAAUUCAUUUUAAACGUGACAUUAGGGUGUUUUUACUGAACUCUCUCAACACAAACCAGGCAUAUGCCUUAGUUUAAUUAGGAAAUAUAACUAUUUUUAACAAACAUGCCUUACUAAAAACAUUACUUGUAUACACUUUGAUGCAAAACAAAGGGCACUGAUGCAUUUUAAGAUAUGUCUGUGCAUUUUUUUUUCAGUUUGACAGCUCUUACAUUUAUUUUAGUCUUGGAGUAGUCUAAUCCCUGUUCGGGAAACCACCCCUAUAUUUGAGUUUAUCAUUUGUCUGUGCAUUAAGUUAUGUGUGAAUUCCUAAAAUAAAAACUGCUUGUAAACAGGAGUAAAGAGGAUAGCUUCAGUUAUUUAAAGUUCUUAUUGCUAUUAAGUCCUUACUCUGAUUAUUGGAAAUUAUUGCAUUAUUGGUCUACAUGUAAACGUAGUCAUUGUUACAGCUAUGGACUUGAAUAGAAAAGCACUCAUUGCAAAGAUUGAGCAAAGAUCAGCUUCAGUCUUCAGAUCUACUUCAUUACAUUGACUCUGUGGUGAAAUGAGCUGCCAUCCAUCACCUGAUCAUCGUCCAUGACCACUUAAUCCUUCAAAAAACAUUUGAAGUCAAAACUCUUCUGCAUUCAUUGUAGUAUACACUUAUUUACAUAUUUUCACUUUAAAAUAUUUUUGAAAAAAGAUUAUUUAUAAACCUCUCCUUCAUACUGUUUACUUCUAGCGUCAACACUAUACUUAUAAGCAUAACAAAGUAUGAUUCUUGUUGGCUUUUUAGAAAAAAAUGUUAAAUACUACCCCAUUUGUAAACUACUUUGGAUAAAAGUGUCUGCUAAAUAAAUAAUACAAUUUAAUAAAUGAUCUGAUGAGUUAAAUCAGGUGUUAGAUGAAGGCGAUGA